CACACACUCACACACAGAAACGAUGGCGUCUCUCUCUGUCUGUCUGUCUGCUCUAGUUCUGAUUGCUACGGCUCCUUCCCCGAGCCCUCGUCGGCAUCAACCAGACAUAGAGACAGAGAUUACAGAUUUACACGUGACUGUCAUAGGUCACCGAAGCCUGUCUGUCUGUGACCUAUGCCAGUCACGGCUCGUUGUUGCCAAGAGUGACCUUCGGUCUGCUGGCAGCGCGUGGCGGCCCUGCUGCAACCGACGACACACUGCAGUGCUCACCAUGCAGCCUUUCAUCCAGGUCAUCGUUAUCUGCACCAUCCUCAGUCCGCUCUUGCUCGCUGCUGGUGGCCGUCCUUCCGCCUUGUGAAGGCUUCUCAAGGAUUGCGUAUACGGUAAGAGCGCCAGUAAUGAACGACUUCCUCCUGUCCACGGAUGAGUUGGCUACCACAGGGGAGUUGAGGGCCUUCAGUAUGCCACCCAGCCGGCCCUGGGACAGAUGGGUCAUCAGCAGGUCCCUCUGCUCGCCGUCGAAGUCCGCUGAUGAGAUAGCGUCCUGCAAUUCUCGCUCUGUCUGGCCUUGAGACAUGCUCUGCUGGUUGGAAAGGGACUCGAUGGGCUUCACGAGCAUGUCUGUGGUCUGCGUGGGGUACUGAGACAGCUGCUGGAACUUGCCCGCCAAGUCGAGGGGCGACGUCAGUGUGCCCUGAAAGGCCAGGGUGCCGUGUGGCUUCAAGUGGUGUGUCUGGCUGGUAGGAGUGAGGGGCAGGGCAGGGCCCUCCUCGGGAAACUCCUCAAGGCGCCCCUUGGAUGUUGAUGAUGUGACAGGCUGCUGGUUGUCGACUGUGGCUGUGCUGAAUGAGCGCAGCAUGUUGUUCGCCAUGAGGGACUGGGAGGGGAAUGGCAGGGGCAUCCGCAGCUGGGAGUGCAUCGACGGCACUGGGGGCGUGGAGAUCGAGUCCGGGCUGAGGGCGGGAAGGCCAAGUGCAGAUCGAAGAGCCUCCACCCGACGGCACAGGAACUGGACCGAGUCCUGGGUGGACAUGGAGAUACUCACACACCUCCCUAUCAUCACCAGGGCCUGGCAGACACACACACAGGGACGUGGUCAGUCAGUCGGUCGAUCGUGCAUGUCUCCAUUUGGGUAUGAUGGUGUCUCCCCCUCUCUCCCCCUCUGCCCGUGCGUGGUGGCCGGCUGACCUCUGCCACGGUCAGAUUUGUCUGUGAGUCGAUGUGGUGGGCCCACUUGACGCAUCCGUCGAGCAGUCGCUCAGCUUGCUCUGGCGGGAUGGGGGAGGGCAGCCGCAGUUCGGGAUUGGCCUCCUCCUUCACCUUCACAUCCUCCUUGCCACCAGCCAAUGCCUGUUUCUGCUGCCUGCAUCCAGAUCAUACACAUAUAUAUCGAUUCAAUGCCCGUGUGUUCGUGCUAGUCAAUACCAGUAGAACAUUCCGGCAGUCGACUUGCGCUUGGGUCUUGCCCUUUCGAGGCCCUCGAACAGCGACGAGGCCGACCCGGCGCGGCGAGGAGCUGCACAUACAAGGUCGAUCGGUCAGCAGGUAGCCGGAUCAAGGAGCCUACCAUAAGAAGGGUCUCUUGGCUUCUCGGCGAUGUGGAAGUAGGUCAGGUCGUCAGGGAGGGACUUGUCAUGCUCAUACAGCAAACGUUCCAGACGCAUGUGACUCAUGUGCUUCCGCCACACAGCCCUGACAUGAUGCACACCAGACAGACCGACAGACAAACAGAGAAAACAGUAACGCAAAAACCAGCCAUCUACCUGUGUUUGCGUAUGUUACGUUGUAUCUGUGUUUACUUAAUCAAGUGCUUGGCGCUGUUCCAUAUCGUGUCUUCUUCAGACACCGACGCUCUUAUGCGCAGAUACGCCUCGAUGAUAACAGCUGAUGGGCAGGACACACACAACCAACACAGAAUGGCUCGCAGUGGUCUUCGUUCCCCCCCUUUGGCUGGCUGACCGAGUAGCAUGUUGAGCAUGAUAAGCGCCACUAGGAUCGUGAAGAUCCAAAUGAAAAUCUGUGUGUUUGGGUACUGAACGGGGUCGCCGACCGGCUCAAGCCAGCGCCACUCAAACCAUCCCAUCAUCAUCUGCAACGAUAGCAACAUACCCAAAGGUCGACACACACAUCAGGGCACGCACAGAGGCCAAACGCUCCACGCCUACAAGGAAGCAUGACGAGAAAGCUCUCGCCGGCGUACUGAACUCCAAUAUCUGAGUGCGUGCACGCACAAAGCAGUGGGAGAGAAUGCAUAUGUCGUGCGUGUCCCCGCCCAUCCACCUUGGGUCCGAACAGGAGACGGCCCGAGAAAGAGAACGAAUAGAAAAUGCAGAAAAACACUAUUGCAAGUGCACAGAAAGAGACACGUUGAGCAGCGUAUGUAUUUGCUCUUCUUCCUUCCUUUAUCAGUCGCUGACAGUGGAACGCAUCCUUCAUGGAGGCAGAGAGGGUCUUUGUGACGACCGACAGCAUGGGCUGCUUCCGGAAGGCAUGGAAGAAGCUGCAGAGACAGACACAGCAAGACGUCAACCAAAUAUGGGUGUCUCACUUGGUCGCUCACCGUAUUCCCAUCGCCACGGCCAUUGCCGCCUCAACUGUCCGAUGUCCAAACGUAGAUGUCAUCGCAGUGAUCAGAUCCUAUUAGGAAACGCAAAUGUGGACGUCCGCCGAUAUGCAUACACGUCUGCAUUUUACCUGAACGAUGAGUGUGGCUUCCUCAAGCUUGUUGAUGCAUUCGGGUGAGCCUGGCGCGAAUUUUCUGGCGACGUCGCUGAACUCGACGAGGGCAUCGGUGGCUCGCAGGUCGACGACGCAUAUCAUGAUCCAGUCCCAGAGGAAAUAUGCACCUAGAAAAAUCGUCAUCCAGUCGAGAAAAUUC